AGUACAAAACAUAAUAGUAACAAAGAGCAAAGCCAAGUCUUUCGAGUCAAGUCGGUCACUUUGUCUCCUUUUAAAGACUAAACCCACCAAAGAACAAAAAAAAUAAAGAGUUCUGUUUAGGGUUUUACCAAGGUAUCGGUAACCAUGGCUCCUGAUGCUUCAGCUGCACUUGCAGUAAGGCAGAAAGUUCAAAACUUUUUGAAUGCAGCUUGUACCGGGAAUCUUGAUCUUCUCAAGAAGGUUGCUUCUCAACUUGAUGAUGGGAAGGAUCUGGCAAAAACAGUGGCAAAUAUUAAGGAUGCGAACCAACGAGGUGCAAUUCAUUUUGCUGCAAGAGAGGGAAAGACUGAGGUGUGUAAAUACUUGUUAGAAGAAUUGAAGCUUGAUGUUGACACAAAAGAUGAGGAUGGUGAGACUCCUCUUCUUCACGCUGCUCGGCAAGGUCAUACUCUCACUGCAAAGUACCUUCUAGAGCAUGGUGCCAAUCCUUCUAUACCUAGUGACUUAGGUGCCACAGCUUUGCAUCAUUCAGCUGGAAUAGGAAAUAUUGAGUUGCUGAAGUAUCUACUGGCCAAAGGUGUUGAGGUUGAUUCACAAAGUGAUUCGGGCACCACAUUAGUUUGGGCUGCUGGUCAUGGUCAACAUGAUGCUGUAAAAGUUUUGUUAGAGCAUCAUGCCAAUCCUAAUGCUGAAACUGAGGAUAAUAUCACUCCAUUGUUGUCAGCUGUAGCAGCAGGUUCGCUAGCAUGCUUGGAUUUGUUGAUUGAGGCAGGAGCCAAAGUGAAUGUUAUAGCUGGUGGAGCAACUCCAUUGCAUAUUGCAGCUGAUAUUGGAAGCCCAGAAUUAGUAAACAGCUUAUUGAAAGCUGGAGCGGAUCCUAAUGUCAUUGAUGAGGAUGGCCAGAAGCCCAUACAGGUUGCAGCAGGCAGAGGCCAACAAGGAGCUGUUGAGAUCCUUUUUCCUUUGACAUCUAAAAUUGAUGCCAUUCCAGAGUGGACUGUAGAUGGGAUUCUUGAAUAUAUGCAGUCUGAAGCUAACAAACAAAUGGAGGAAAUGAAAAAUUUGAAGGAAGCUAAGGCAGCAAGGGACACAACAUUGCCAACGACAGAUCUACCUGAGGUGACAGCGGAAGCAAAGAAAAGAGCUGUAGAAGCAAAAUCAAGAGGAGACGAGGCUUUCAAAAGAAAAGAUUUUCAGAUGGCCGUAGAUGCAUAUACACAAGCAAUUGAUUUAGAUCCAACUGAUGCUACAUUGCAUUCGAAUAGAAGCCUUAGUUGGAUCCGUCUUGGACAAGCGGAGCAUGCUUUAACUGAUGCAAAGGCUUGUAGAGCAUUAAGACCAGACUGGCCAAAAGCUUGCUAUCGGGAAGGUGCUGCUUUGCGUUUGUUGCAGAAAUAUGAUGAAGCAGCCAAUGCCUUUUAUGAGGGUGUGAAGCUUGACCCUGAAAAUAAAGAGCUUGUAAAUGCUUUUAGGGAGGCUGUUGAAUCAGGGAGGAAGUUUCACGGUACAGAUAAGGAAAAAUCUUAGUUUCUUCUUUGCUGAUGCACCGGAGAACUGAGUAGAUGAAUUCACCCUACUGACCUUUUUUCGGGUGAAGAUAAUGUUUUGAGGGAAUGUUUAUUAUAAUCUAUUGUAUUUGUUGGCGAAACAGUAAAACGAAAAGUUAUUUGUACAUAGAGCAAAUCUAUCUCACUCUUCUCCAUGAGAAUUGCAUGCUUCAGUUCAUUUUUCAUUAGUGAUUCUAAACUUUUUCUUA